GGUGGCCGGGCUGGACAGGCUGCGGAGGCGGGGGUCGCUAGCACGGGAGGCCGGGAGCCGGCCGGCUACGGCAGGGCACAACGUGCCUGGUGCAGGAAGGGACCCGCCACCCGCGACCCCCCAUGCGGGGAUAGCGAUGCGGUGCGCCCGGAGAUCUCGGUAGCCUCGGAUCUGCGGCGGUGAUGGAUGAGCCGUGGUGGGAAGGGCGCGUCGCUUCGGACGUCCACUGCACCCUGCGCGAGAAGGAACUGAAGCUGCCCACCUUCCGUGCCCGCUCCCCGCUCCUGAAGAGCCGUCGGUUCUUUGUAGACAUCCUGACCCUGCUGAGCAGACACUGCCACCUGUGCCCCUCAGCCCGGCACCUGGCCAUCUACCUGCUGGACCACUUCAUGGACCAGUACAACAUCGCCACCUCCAAGCAGCUGUACACUGUGGCUGUCUCCUGCCUCCUGCUGGCAAGUAAGUUUGAGGACCGGGAAGACCGCGUGCCCAAGUUGGACCAGAUAAACAGUACGAGGAUCCUGAGCAGCCAGAACUUUUCCCUCACCAAGAAGGAGCUGCUGACUACAGAACUUCUGCUCCUGGAGGCUUUCGGCUGGGACCUCUGCCUGCCCACGCCCGCCCACUUUCUGGACUACUACCUCUUGGCCUCUGUCAGCCAGAAGGACCACCACUGCCACACCUGGCCCACCACCUGCCUCCGAAAGACCAAAGAGUGCCUCAAGGAGUAUGCCCACUACUUCCUGGAAGUUACCCUACAAGAUCAUAUAUUUUACAAAUUCCAGCCUUCUGUGGUCGCUGCAGCCUGUGUUGGGGCCUCCAGGAUCUGCCUGCAACUCUCUCCCUACUGGACCAGAGACCUGCAGAGGGUCUCAAGCUACUCCCUGGAGCAUCUCAGCACAUGUAUCGAAAUCCUGCUGGUAGCAUAUGACAAUGUCCUCAAGGAUGCCGUUGCAGUCAAGAGCCAGGCGCUGGCCGUGGUGCCUGGCUCAUCAUCAUCAGCUCCCACCCAAGUGCUGUUCCAACCACCCGCCUACCCGACUCUCAGCCAGCCACCGCCAACAACGCUAGCCCAAUUCCAGAGUCCAGCGCAGGACUUGUGCUUGGCCUAUCGGGACUCAUUGCAGGCCCACCGCUCAGGGACUCUGUUCUCAGGAGACACUGGUCCAUCCCUCCACACCCCAUACCCAGCCCUCCAGCCCUUGGAUAUGUGUCCUGUGCCUGUCCCUGCAUCCCUGAGCAUGCAGAUGGCCAUUGCGGGUGAACCCAGGCACUGCCUUACUGCCACCUACGGAAGCAGCUACUUCAGCGGGAGCCAUAUGUUCCCCACAGGUUGUUUUGACAGCUAGGCCACUUUUGGACCACACGGAGGAUCCUGGAAGACCCAGACCGAGGAUGUGUGGACGUGACACGCCUAAGAGCAGAGCUCAGCCAGGUGAGGCAAAGAACCUAGUACCCUUCAAGAGAGAGCGUCUGUGCUCUUUUUAAAAACAAGCAAACAAAGCAAUGCAACCCAGACCCAAACAUCCAGGGACAUACCUCAUCCAACAGCGUCUCUCUGGGAAAUCUCUUCCAAGCAUGCCUGGAGGACAAAGACAUGGCUCUGUGGCCAUCCCCUAGAGCUGGGGGAGCCAAUAGAGUACACAUCAGACUUGGUAAGAGACUUGGACGUUUAAGGACUGUACACAUCAGUAGCCCAUCCAGGCUUUACAAAGACUACUUUUCAUAGCUAUGCUACUGAAAAGGAAGACCUGGCACCGCCUCUAUGUCCCUAGAAGAUCUAUCCUGAGUGUUUUUCUCUCACACCAAGGGCCUCAUG